CUAAUCAGCCGAAGAGCGCGGCCCCGGGAGGAGCUUGCAGGGCUCCAGUCCAGCGGUGGUGGAGGCGGCGGUGGCGCGCCCCUCCAGGGACGGGGUGUCGGGCUGUGUGUGUCUCCCGGCCAGUCCCGAUAGAAGAAGGCGCGGAGCAUAUAUAGCGGAGCCGGAGAGAGUGCGGAGAGCCAGCGGGAGCAGCACGAGGAAAGAAUGGAUUUCUUACCAUGAGCUUUACAGAAAAUCAGUGAUCUGCAUAUUCAAGGGUGUUCUGUGAUGGAAUGCAAAAAGGUCCCCACAAAUAGCCACUGAAGAAGAGAAAAGGUCUAAUCACUUGUCUGCUAUAAAGUCCCCUGAUUGCGAGCUUCUCCAGACCUGUUUGACCUUUAGAAACCAAACAUGGCCAAGCCGUAUGAAUUUAACUGGCAGAAGGCCGUCCCUGCUUUCAUGCAAGAAGGAGCCGUGUUUGACAGAUAUGAAGAGGAGUCGUUUGUUUUCGAGCCUAAUUGCCUCUUUAAAAUGGAUGAGUUCGGCUUCUUUCUUUCAUGGAAGAGCGAAGGAAAGGAAGGCCAAGUUUUGGAAUGUUCCCUGAUCAACAGCAUACGGUGCGGGGCAGUGCCCAAGGAUCCAAAAAUCCUGUCUGCGCUGGAGUCCGCUGGAAAAGCCGAAAGCGAUCUGGAAGGGCGGAUCGUGUGCGUCUGCUCCGGGACGGACCUGGUGAACAUCAACUUCAUUUACAUGGUGGCGGAGAGCGUGGACGUAGCGAAGCAAUGGGUAGAAGGGCUAAGAUCUAUCACGCAUAACUUUAGAGCCAACAACGUCAGUCCAAUGACAUGUCUCAAAAAACACUGGAUGAAACUUAUGUUCCUCACCAACAUCAAUGGAAAAAUCCCAGUUCGAAGUAUCACACGGACAUUUGCAUCAGGAAGGACGGAAAAAGGCAUCUUUCAAGCGCUGAAAGAAUUAGGUUUUCCGAGUGGAAAGAAUGAGGACAUCGAACACUCGACUUUUACAUUCGAUAAAUUUUAUGAGCUUACACAGAAGAUUUGUCCUCGAACUGACAUAGAAGAGCUUUUCAAAACAAUCAAUGGAGAAAAAUCGGAUUGUUUGACGGUAGACCAAUUAGUGAGCUUUCUAAAUCAACAUCAAAGAGAUCCUCGUCUGAAUGAAAUCUUGUUCCCGUUCUACGAUGCAAAGAGAGCAAUGCAGAUCAUAGAGAUGUAUGAGCCGGAUGAAGAGCUAAGGCAAAAAGGUCAAAUAUCAAGCGAUGGAUUCUGCCGAUAUCUGAUGUCUGAUGAGAAUGCCCCAGUCUUUCUCGACCGAUUGGAACUCUAUCAGGAAAUGGAGCAACCGCUUGCACACUAUUUCAUUAGCUCCUCCCACAAUACAUACCUUACCGGCAGACAGUUUGGUGGCAAAUCAUCUGUAGAAAUGUACAGACAGGUUCUUCUAGCUGGAUGCAGGUGUGUGGAGCUGGAUUGCUGGGAUGGAAAAGGUGAAGACCAGGAGCCCAUAAUUACUCAUGGGAAGGCCAUGUGUACUGAUAUCCUAUUUAAGGAUGUAAUACAAGCCAUCAGGGAGUAUGCGUUUGUCACCUCGGAGUAUCCUGUAAUCCUUUCAUUUGAGAACCAUUGCAGUAAAUAUCAACAGUACAAGAUGUCCAAAUACUGCGAGGAAAUUUUCGGGGAUCUCCUACUGAAGCAGCCCCUUGAGUCAUACCCGCUCGGAGCUGGAAAACCUUUACCGUCUCCCAACGACUUAAAGAGAAAGAUCCUCAUUAAAAACAAGCGCUUAAAACAGGAAGUGGAGAAAAAGCAGCUCGAAGCCUUGAAAAAAAUGAUGGAGUCUGGGGAGAACGUGGCACCAACCAGCAUCCUAGAAGAUGACAUCGAGGAAGAGAUCGAAAAUGCUGAUCAAGAGGAAGAAGCCCAUCCUGAGUACAAGUUUGGAAGUGAGCUGUCAGCAGAAGACCUCAGCCAAAAAGAAGCUGUAGCUAAUAGUGUAAAAAAGGUUGUGGAAGACUCUGAACCAGAAAACAAUAAUAAAAAGGGCCAAGAAACUGUGGAUGAUGAACAAGCGUGGAUGGCCAACUAUAAAUAUGUAGGAGCCACAACCAAUAUACAUCCGUUUCUGUCAGCGAUGAUCAACUACGCCCAGCCAGUAAAAUUCCAGAGCUUUAAAGUGGCAGAAGAGAAGAAUAUUCAUUACAACAUGUCUUCUUUUAACGAAUCGGUUGGAUUGGGGUAUUUGAAGACGCAUGCCAUUGAGUUUGUAAACUACAACAAACGUCAGAUGAGUCGGAUCUACCCCAAGGGGGGGCGAGUGGAUUCCAGUAAUUACAUGCCGCAGAUUUUCUGGAACGCCGGCUGCCAGAUGGUCUCCCUGAACUAUCAGACCCCAGAUUUAGCUAUGCAGCUGAACCAAGGCAAAUAUGAAUACAACGGAUCUUGUGGUUUCCUCCUUAAGCCAGACUUCAUGCGCCGUCCUGACAGAACAUUUGACCCGUUCUCGGAGACCCCUGUGGAUGGAGUGAUUGCGGCCACCUGCUCUGUUCAGGUUAUAUCCGGACAGUUUCUAUCGGACAAAAAAACGGGGACCUACGUUGAGGUGGACAUGUAUGGACUGCCGACAGACACCAUCCGGAAGGAGUUCAAGACACGGAUGGUCAUGAACAACGGCCUGAAUCCCGUUUACAAUGAGGAGCCAUUUGUAUUUAGAAAGGUUAUCCUGCCUGACCUGGCUGUGCUGAGGAUCGGUGUGUAUGACGACAAUAAUAAAUUGAUAGGCCAAAGGAUAUUACCACUGGAUGGUCUUCAAGCUGGCUAUCGGCACAUCUCUCUUCGGAAUGAGGGCAACAAGCCUCUGUCUCUGCCCACCAUCUUCUGUAACAUUGUCCUCAAGACGUAUGUUCCCGAUGGGUUUGGAGAUAUUGUUGAUGCUUUAUCAGAUCCAAAGAAGUUCCUCUCCAUCACUGAGAAGAGAGCAGACCAGAUGAGGGCGAUGGGCAUUGAAACUAGUGACAUCGCAGACGUGUCUGACAAUACAAAGAACGAUAAGAAAGGGAAAGCCAAUAACGCCAAAACAAGCGUCACCCCCCAAACCAGCUCGGAACUGCGGCAAACCACGGCGUCUACUUCCGGCACAACCAACGAAGUCAAGAAAGGUGUUGAGCCGAUCCCACAAGUGAAAGUUGAAGAUUUAAAACAGAUGAAGGCAUACGUCAAGCAGCUAAAGAAGCAGCAAAAAGAACUCAACGCUCUGAAGAAGAAACAGGCAAAAGAACACAGCGCUAUGCAGAAGGUACACUGCACACAAGUUGACAAAAUAGUGGCCCAGUUUGAUAAGGAAAAGUUGACUCUUGAGAAGAACUUAGAAAAAGCGAUCAAGAAGAAAGGAGGAAAUAGCUGUGUUGAAAUGAAGAAAGAAACAGAAAAUAAAAUUCAGGUUUUAACUUCAGAUCAUAAAUCCAAGGUAAAAGAUAUCGUGGCUCAGCAUACAAAGGAGUGGUCCGAUUUGAUAAGCACCCACAGCGCUGAAGAACAGGAACUCCGGGACCUCCACCUGAGUCAGCAGUGCGACCUCCUCAAAAAACUGCUCAUUACCGUCCAAGAACAACAGACGCAGCAACUGAAACUCUCACAUGACCGAGAAAGCAAGGAGAUGAGGGCAAACCAGGCCAAGAUUUCCAUGGAGAACAGCAAAGCCAUAAGCCAAGAUAAAUCCAUCAAGAAUAAGGCAGAGCGUGAAAGGCGGGUGAGGGAACUGAACAGCAGCAACACAAAGAAAUUCCUGGAAGAGAGGAAAAGACUUGCAAUGAAACAGUCAAAAGAGAUGGACCUGCUGAAAAAAGCCCAGCUAGAACACCUGGAGAUCCUGGAUAAGCAGAAUGAACAGCUUUUGAAAUCGUGUCAUGCAGUGUCUAACUCGCAAGGCAAAGGAAAUCCAGCAGAUGGUCAAACUGGAAGCCGAGAUGGACCGCAGGCCUGCAACAGUUGUGUAAAGCUGCAAAACGCAAACUGAAGUCGAAGCAAUCUACUGUCCUUUUCAAGAACACUGUAAAUUUUUAAAACGACCACAGACACUGAAUAUGAAGUGUGCUCUUAUGUUAGACCCUAUUUUGUCUUUGGCGAGAUUUUAAGACUGGCAUAUUUCCCUUUUAACAUUCUGAGCACUGCACUAUUUAUGAUACAGAAAAUACAUAAUUAUACAGUUAUAAAGGUUAAAAAGACAAAAAAAAAAAA